AUGUCGGCACUCUGCCACCCUUCCUCGCUUCGAGGACUCUGCACUUCUUCCUCGUCAUUAGCAGGUCGAUCAGUCGCCAGGAAGUACCUCUCUACAACAGCAGCAAAGAGACCAAUGAUGACAACAACACCCUUGUCGCUCACAGGAGGAUCCUGGUCAACUUCCUCUACGUCUCAUUUCUUGAACCCCUAUCAGCAGCAGCAACAGCGUGGUAUCCGCUCAGUUGGGAAAACUCAAGGCCGAGUGAUGAUCCUGGGAUCGGGAUGGGGCGGGUUUAAGUUGCUGAGGGACAUGGACAAGAAUGCCUAUCAGGUCGUAGCCGUCUCCCCUCGUAACCAUUUCUUGUUCACGCCACUCCUGGCAAGCACAUCUGUCGGUACUCUGGAGUUCAGAUGCAUCACAGAGCCCGUCAGAGGAUACACAAGAAACGUGGAGUACCACCAGGCCUGGUGCGACACCGUCAAUUUCGAAAAGUCCAAAGUCGACUGCACCCUCAACCUCUCCACCGUCCCCGCAACCCACGUCACCGACCCUGUCACCCAUACUCUACAACAAAUCACCAGCAACCAAAAGAACCAACUCUCUCUCCACUAUGAUCACCUCAUCAUUGCUGUCGGCUCGUACUCCAACACGUUCAAUAUCCCCGGUGUCAAGGAACAUGCCUUCUUCUUGAAAGAAGUCUCGGAUGCUCGCAAAAUCCGUUCCAGAGUUUUGGAGUGCUUUGAGCGUGCUGAGAUGUCGCGCUCAGACGAGGAAAGGAACGGGCUCUUGCAUUUCGCUGUCGUCGGUGGUGGACCCACAGGAGUUGAAUUCUCGUCCGAGUUGCAUGAUUUCAUCCGUGAGGAUUGUUCAAGACUCUUUCCUGGAUUAAUGAACCAUGUCACGCUGGCUGUCUACGACGUCGCGCCUACGAUCCUGGCCAGCUUUGACAAGUCGCUGUCCGAGUACUGUAUGACAAAGUUCAAGCGGUCGGGGAUUGAGGUCCGGACGGGAACCGUGGUGGAGCGGGUCGAGGAUGGUAAGUUGGUGUUGAAGGAUGGCAAGCAGAUCCCCUUUGGAUGUUUGGUCUGGUCGACUGGUCUGACUGAGAAUCCUAUGACGGCUUCGUUGGAGAACAGGGUCUUGAAGUCAAAGUCUAAGAGGAUCAUGACAGAUCCUUACCUCCGCGUUCUUGAUAACGAGGGCAAGGUCAUUCCUAACGUCUAUGCCCUCGGCGACUGCGCUACCAUAAAAGACCACGAGUUGCCACAAACAGCGCAGGUUGCAAACCAACAAGCAAUCUACCUCCGCAAGGCCCUCAACAAACUGGCCAAACAACCCGAGAAAUCGUUCGCCGAUGUCACCGCUCCCUUCUCGUUCAAGAAUUUGGGAUCGAUGGCCUAUAUUGGCAACUGGGAGGCCGUGGUGGACAUGACAAAGAUCAACGAGAACGCCAAGGAGUCCGGUACAUUGGCAUGGGUGUUCUGGAGGAGUUCGUAUUUGACAAUGAGUGUGUCGAUGAGGAACAAGAUGAUUAUCCCGAUGUAUUGGUUCAUGACUUGGGUGUUUGGACGGGAUGUGUCGUCGUUCCAGGAGUAUGAUCGGAGGAAGCGGCUCAUGAACGCAGAGCGCGAGGGUUAG